GGCUGGCACUACACGAAGAGCGCUCUGACGGACACCCAGAGGAGAAAAAAAGGCUCCUAUUUCCAGCUCAAACCAACCCCAGCAUCGCGAGUGUGCUUUGAGCGCACAGUAGGAUCUUCGAGACAAACGCAUUUUCUUCUUCAUCUCGGAGCUGUGAGGCACAGAUGUCUGGAGAGAUUUACUGAGCAGCUGUUAUUGCUUGUUUGGUCGUGGGGCAGUGAUCACUGACAACAGUGUGGCAGAUAAUCUCAGAAGACCAUGUGGAUCUUACAGUUCAUCCUUCCUGUUUUAUUGCUAGCCUUAAAAGGUUCUUUGGCGCAGUGGACAGUGUGGAUGCCGAAGGAUAUUUCCACGAUGAGGAACUCCUGCGUUGUGAUCCCGUGCACUUUCAUGUUCCCCUCCAGCGUCCGGCCCUACGGGGUCCAUGGCAUCUGGUACUUUGGGCAGCCCUACCCAGAGCUGUACCCGCCCGUGGUGUUCAAAUCCAGGACAGAGAUCGUUCACGAGAGCUUCAAGGAUCGCACCAAGCUGCUGGGCGACUUGAAGCAACGCAACUGCACCCUGCAGAUCAGCAACAUCGGGAUGGAACACAGCGGAAAAUAUUACUUCAGAGCCGACCUGGGCAGCUCCAAUGUCUACACCUACCCCGAUUUCUCAGAAGUUAAAGUUUUGGACCAGCCUAUCAUUAACGUGCCAGAGGAGGUGGUCAGUGGCUCACCUCUGGAUGUCACCUGCUACGUUCCUGAUAACUGCCCCGACAUGACCCCAGAGAUGAAGUGGUUUAACAUUGAGGGGCUGGAGGAUCCUGAAAUCUCCAGUGACUACAUAGAGGACAGCAACACAGCCGUCAUGGCUGCUGUAUUGAGCUUCACCCCCUCCUACUUCCAUAAUGGAAAGGUCCUGGGCUGCCAGGUCCAGUAUCCCAACACCUCGCUGUCCUACGAAAGACUCAUUUCCUUAGACGUGAAAUACGCCCCCCGGGAGGUUGAGGUGAAUGAGUCCCUGGAUGUGAUGGAAGGCAUCAAUGUCUACUUGUCCUGUACGGUGGACAGUAACCCACCACCGAGGAUCACCUGGCUUCAGGAGGACACCUUGGUGUGGGAAGAGACGGGUCAGAACUCCACCCUGGUGCUCAUGGACAUAAAGCCCAACCAGGAGGGGCUCUACACCUGCAUUGCAGAUAAUGACUACGGAAGCAAGAACAGGUCCUUUUACCUCGCUGUCAAAUUCCCUCCGCGUGAUCCCUCUGUGAACUCCUCCCUCACAGUCCUGGAAGGCAGCUCCGUCAUUCUGCACUGCAGCACGGAAGGGAAUCCAGUGCCCACGCUCACGUGGUUCAAAGACGGGACCCUCAUCAGCAAUAUAGUGGCGUCAGACUUGAGUUUACUGGAGAUCCCCGACAUCUCCUACGAGGGGGAUGGGGAGUACCGCUGCCUGGCUGAGAACGAGCAUGGCAGAGCCAGCAGCUCCAUCAACAUCACUGUGGAAUACGCACCUGUAUUUCUGCCGGAGUCGAAAUGCACACUGAUCCGAGAUGGCAUUCAAUGCGAGUGCAUAGCAUCAGCGAACCCUGAGCCAGCGAUCCAGUUCCACCUCCCAGACCUCAACAUCACAAUCAACGAGACGGAGAGCCAGUUCAAUUACUACUCCCACACGGACGGCUACAUGACCACCAGCAUGAUCAAGCUGAAGGAGAAGCCUUCCUCGGGGCUCCACGUCUUGUGCACCGUCUCCAACAUGUAUGGGACAGAGACCGUCAAGCUGGAACUGCAGCAGGAAAAAAAGUUCAUUUUGGCCGUGGUUGUCGGUGCCAUAGGAGGCGUGGUCGUUAUUGCUUUCAUAAUCGCGGCUGUGUGCUAUAUCAGUCGCAGUCACCGGAAGGAGAAUGGCGCAGGCAGCGCUAGCUUUUCCCAGCAACCAGAAAACCCUCCGAUUCUCUACAGCUCCGUCAAGCAUAACCUGAGGAAGAAAGUGAUUAAGACAGAACUUUUGGGCACAAAGUUUAAUUCGAUCCUGGAAGAGCCAUACAUGGGUGAUGAGAAUGACUACCAGAAUAUCGGCGGCCUCUCUGAAUCAAACCAACGCCAAGAUGACGUGAACUACGCCUCUCUCGACUUCUCUGGCAGGAAAGCAGCAGAAGCCUCGGCUCAAACAGACAGCGGCAGUGACUACACAGAGAUUAAAACCAAAUGACAGAUUCUGUACAUGUGAUUCAAUCCGGCAGCAAUCUCUCGCUCCCUCCCUCCCUCCCUCCUCCCUUUCCCCAACACUGACUUCCUUCCAGUAGCUUGGAAUAACACAGCAAGAGCAGGAAUGAAUUGCCGAUUUGAGAAUUGUGUUUUUUUUUUUCUUGUUUCUUUUGUUGCCGGGUUGCUAGGAGAAUGUCCGAACGACAGAUUAUGGGGUAUGUUAUGAUUAUUUAUCAACAGCACGUUGUUCUCAGAAAAUUGGCUGAAGUAAUCUUCUUGUUAGUGUUUACUGAGAACUCACAGCAGUGUACGCGCAUUAACUGCAAUCCCAUUGGCUGAUGUUGUUUUGAGGACAUUUAGAAAGGUUUAUUUCAUCUUUCUGUUACAUCUUUCUGUUUAUUUCAUCUUUCUGUUAUCUUUCUGUAAUAUAUGUGCUGUUUUCUCUUACGGUUUUUAUUAACUGUGCCGUCCCGCCCCAAAACCGGCUUCACUUGUCCUACCAAAUAUGUCAAAUUGUUAAACUCAAAAUUGGUCAAAUAUAGUUGGCUUAUUACAAUAUUAUCUUCUAUUUUAAAUUGAGGGCAAUUACCCUCAAACAGUGAUAGCUACAAACAUUUCAAAGACCUGGUAGAAAGCGCUAUCUAUCCAGAGUCUAGCAGGCCUGAACGUCUUCAGACGUGUCAAAGCCUACCAGUUACUCUUGUGAUAUAUGUAAAUACCUUGCACGAUUCACUAAGUGUUAAACUAGCGUCUAGUUACCCUAGUCGUAACCUUCUAUAACCUGUUUUUGUUUGAUGUUGAAAGUUUAGAACUGACACGACUGUAUCUAAUAUAAUCUUUCUGACGUCUUUUAACCCUGUUCCGUGUUUAAGGUUUGAUUUAUGUGUGAACUUUCUAAGACAGUAUAGAUACCAUUGUGUGUUUGGUUUUUCUUUUGUAAUUGUCAGUGGACAUGACAUGUACGUGACUGUGUGGAUUCACUUGCAUUUAAUGCGAAUUUAAUAUAGAGUCUAAUCCGACUGCUCAGUUUAUCAGCAUUGUCAAGUGUGUGUAUACCUUUCUGGUUUUACCAGAGGAAAAGUUACAUUUUGCAUUUAUUUAUUGAAGGGGCUGCCUUAUUAUUUUUUUUGUUUUUAUCUCUAUUGUUGCCAUCGUUUCGAAUGUAUCCAUAUUUCUCUUAUGUGCUGUAGUGUCUAUUUGGGACCGGAAGUCAAUAUAUUAUUUAGAACAGAGUUCUAUUCUCUACAAAUGUCUUUUGCUUAAGAAACGGAAUCUCGUAUGAGGAAAUGUUACUCAGAUUCCUAGUUGCUUGGAAUUAUUAUUAAUUAGUCAUUUAGCAGGCACUUUUAUCCAAAGCGACUUACAGUCUAAGAGGUGAUCUGUGCAUCAGAACUGCUGCUGCAGAGUCACCUCGGUUUCACACAGAGACGGAGCACAAGGAGGGGAAGUGACUUGCUCAGGGUCACACAGAGUGAGCUGGUAGCUGAGCUGGGAUUGGAACUGGGAGCCUACUGGUAUUAAACCCUUUUCUUUAACCACUGAGCCACAGAACCUAUGACAAAGUCACACAAUCGUGUAACACAGCAAUGUGAGAAACGGUAGAAAUGAGAAAUGCAUUAACCAGCAAGUUGGAAACGUGAUCCCACAAGAGACGACUAAGCCAGGUUAUGUGGUUUAAAUUUCUACCGUGCAAGUGAAAAAAACAAACAAACAAACAAAAAAAACUUCAAGUAUAUUCCAUCUCCCUACAGUACAUCAUCAAUUCAAAAUGAAUCCAUAUUUACUCAAAACACUCAUUUGUUAUUACGAGAUCUGCAAAAGUGAGAAUUUGAAAAGAUUCUUAGUUUUUUGUUUCUGUUGAUAGGUUAGCAAUGAAAUGGAUUUCCCUGGUUUUCUUGUCUUGCAUUCAAUAUGUGUGCUUUGGUGCCCUAUUUUCCUCCAAUCUGCAUCCUGUACUUUCCUGAAUAUGUUUAUAAUACUUGUAUAUAAGAACCCUAUAAUGUAUUAACUGAAUGUAUUGAAUGAGUUAUUGUAUUGGUCAAUAACACUUUUACACAGUG